AUGAGACCAAAAAUAGUACCAGGAAUUCAUUUAGAAUAUAAGAAAUUAAUGGAACAGUGUUGGGAUGCUGAUUCAACAAAGAGACCUAAUGCUUGUACAUUAAUAAAAGAAGUACAUAAGUUAUUAAAAUUUCAAAACUAUCAAGAUGAUAGCCAAAAACAAAUAAUUUCCGAUCAACAUAAGCAAUUAAUUGGUGAUUUUAAUAAUUUAAAUAAUGAGAAAAAUGUUAACACAGAAUCAAGUGAAUAUAAAGUAUCUGACAAAUUAGAAAUCAAUUCAAAUUAUGUUAUGCAAGAUGAUCAUAAAAAAGAACAAACAAAAAAGCAUAGUUUGGAUAUAAAUGAUGAUGAUGAUGAAAAGCAAGAUGAAUUAGAAAUUUCUGGUAAUGUAUCUAAAAAAUUAGGACAUCCUAAAAAUUUAUUAUUAAGUAUUACUAUUUUUCAAACUUUUUUUUUAUAUUAUGAAUUAUAUUCAAUUGUUUAA